ACAGUCGUAGCAGGCGGUAAUGGUGCAGGCAAUUCAAAUAACCAGUUAAAUCAACCAUUCAGUGUAUAUUAUGAUUCAGUAUCAAAUUAUUUGUAUAUAACAAAUACUGGCGGUCAAGCAGUAAUCAGAUGGAGUCCAGGUGCAGCGAGCGGUAUGUUUGUAGCAGGUACAGUCGGUGUAAGUGGCUCGGGUUCCACAAAUCUAAAUGGACCGACUCAUUUAACAGUAGAUACAUACGGAAAUUUGUAUAAUUCAAGCGGUAUAACGAUCGCUGGUAAUGGAACCGCAGGAUCGUAUAGCACCCAAAUAAAUGGUCCAAGAGGAUUUGCAUUCGACUCGCAAAUGAAUCUGUACGUUAGUGAUAUGAAUAAUAAUCGGGUACAAAAGUUCAUGAAACUCUAA